UAUUUUCAUUUGCUUUUUCCCAUUUUGUAAGUUUCUGAGAUUCUUCGAACCACCACCCAUAGACAAAAGUAUUGAAAUGAAAGCUCCUCACAAGUGUGCAGACUGCAGACUUUUCUUCCAGAGGCAUCACUUUCCCACCUUCAUAUAUACACACACAAAUGAUCCAUUUCCAACAGACCUCAUCUCACAAUAACCUUUCCUAAAUCAAUAAUUCAACACAACACCCUCUGCAGUUGACUCAACACAGAAAAAUGAUAGAAACCAAGUCCCUGAGCUUCUUCUCACUCUUAGUAUUUGCUCUCUUCUUCCUUCAUUUUCACCUCCAAGUUAAUUCCCAACACAUAGCAGCUUCAGAAAGAGAAGCCCUAGGUCUGGAACAAUCAGAACCCGAAACUGAACGAAAAGCACUCGAAAUCAUCAUCGGUAGUGGCGGCGGAGGCAGCGGUGGCCCGUCUCCUGCCCCCUCCCCCGCCAGCUGCCCACCUCCCCCACCCAAACCACUCAGCCGUUUAGACAAAGCUCGCCGCGUCCUCCUCAAAUUCGCCGCCAACAUCGACGACCCCAACUGCUACACCAAAACCUGGAACAGCCAAACCGACACCUGCCAAUUCAACGGCAUCCGAUGCGGCAUAUAUCCAAACUCCAACGAGAGAGCCGUCGCCGGAAUCGACCUCAACACCGCCGGCGUCUCCGGCAAAAACGGCAACGCUCUCUCCCUCUACGGCAUCCUCGACAGCAUCCCGGAACUCACAUUCUUCCACGUGAACUCCAACAACUUCUCCGGCGCUGUCCCGAGCGAAAUCCUCAAGUUCACCUACUUCUACGAGCUCGACAUCAGCAACAACAAAUUCUCCGGCGAGUUUCCGAUGGAUGUUCUCAAGUUCAGCUCCAAGCAGUUGAUCUUCUUGGAUAUCAGGUUCAACCGCUACCACGGCGCGGUUCCGCCGCAACUGUUUAACCUCAACUUGGAUGUCAUUUUCAUCAACAACAACCAAUUCUCCGGUUACCUCCCGGAGAAUUUCGGGUCAACGCCGGCAAGGUAUCUCACCUUCGCCAACAACCUGCUCACCGGUCCGAUCCCGAAAAGCAUCGGGAACGCCUCGAAGACGCUCACGGAGGUUCUCUUCCUCGGUAACCAAUUUGACGGUUGCUUACCGUACGAAAUUGGUUACCUGAAGAGAGCCACCGUGUUCGACGUGAGUAACAAUCACUUGACUGGUCCUAUUCCUCAGUCAUUUGCUUGUUUGGAGAAGAUUCGGUUUCUGAAUCUGGCUCAGAACAAGUUCUAUGGUAAGGUUCCGGAGAGUGUUUGUGUUCUUCCGGGGAUACGUAACAAUGGGAAUUUUUCACUUUCUGAUAACUAUUUCACUGAAGUUGGACCUGAAUGUUGGAAGCUGAUUAAGUCUAAGGUUCUUGAUGUUUCUAAGAAUUGCAUUCCCGGGCUUUCGAAUCAGAAGUCGCCGAAAGAAUGCUAUGAUUUUAAGUGUAAGGUGAAGCCAUGCCAGAAUCAACAGAGUUUAAGCUAUGUUCCUUGUAAAGGGUAUUGGCAGAAAGAGGGUGAAUCCUCUGUUUCUAAAGCAUCUAGUGCACCAUCUGAGCCUGUAACUUACAAGUCUCUCAAACCACAUCGCUUGAGACUGUGAUCAUGUCAUGAUUUGAUUCCUAGGGGAUUGUUGGAUUAAUGAUCAGUGAGUAAUGUGUGUUCGUUCAUAGAUAUUUGUAUAAAUUAAAGUUCAGUCAGUACAUCGCGAAAUUGUUGACAAAUGCAGAGUGAUGCAGUCGCAAUUGCGCUUGUGGUGCUGAUGAUAAUGGGGAGAUUCAAAACUUGUUAGGUUACAGCCUUGCAAGCUAGUUGAUAAUUGUAAGUUGUGUAUAUUCAUCAUGAAUAAGGACAUGUUAUCCAACUUGGAAUCAUUGGAAUUUAUUUAUGGCAAAUUUGAUUCUGCUCAAAUGUAAUUCUGUACUAAAUUUGCUUAUAAUAAUACUUCUGUUGGUGUCUUAUCGGGAAA